AUGAGCCACAAAAACAAGUUGGUGCACUUGGACAUGGGUUAUAAUCAUUUAUCUGGAGACCUCACAGAUUGUUGGAAUGAUUGGAAAUCCUUGGUUCAUAUUGAUUUAGGAUACAACAACAUAACAGGAAAGAUUCCUAACUCGAUGGGUUCUUUGUCUAACCUUCGAUUUUUGUACCUAGAGAGCAAUAGCUUACUAGGCAUCUCUUGUACAAUAACCAUGCUUAUAAAAGGAAACGAGUUAGAAUAUUUUAAUUUGAUGAAUGUCAUCGAUGUCUCGAGUAACAACUUGUCUGGAAAUGUGCCUUUAGAGAUGUAUAUGCUCACUGGAUUACAAUCCUUGAAUCUCUCUCAUAACAUGUUGAGUGGCACAAUACCACAAGAAAUUGGAAACUUGGAACAAUUGGAGUCCAUUGAUCUCUCAAGAAAUUUUUUCUCUGGUGAAAUUCCUCAGUCCAUGUCUUCCUUGCAUUAUCUCGAGGUUUUAAACUUGUCUUUCAACGAUUUUAUGGGAAAAAUCCCAUCAGGGACCCAACUUGGUUCUUCAAAUUUGAGCUAUAUAGGCAAUUCUGGCCUCUGUGGACCUCCACUUUCAAAGAUAUGCCCAGAAGAUGAAAAAUCACACAAUACAAAAUCCAUGGGAGAAGAAGAAGGUAAUGAAUCUGAAGUGCAUUCUUGGUUCUACAUGGGCUUGGGAAUUGGAUUUGCUGUAGGAUUCUGGGGAGUUUUGGGCGCCAUUUUCUUCAACAGAAGAACAGCUUGCAAUUACUGGGUCAGCCAGGGCAACAAAUGGUGCGAUUUUUGCAAAAUAUAUAUAUCAAACAACCCUUCGAGCAUUAGGAAUCAUGAGCUUGGUCAACGCCACAAAGAUAAUGUUGCCAAGAGGCUGGCUGCUAUGAGGAAAGAGAAUAUUGCUAAGGAGAAAGAACAGAAAGAAACAGCCCGUGCCAUUGAACAAAUUGAAGCGAAAGCACAGCGUAGCUAUCAAAAGGAUAAAGCAAAGUUUGAGGAAGCCAGAGAAUCACAUGAAUUUGAUGCUCGAGCGUGGAAAAAGAUAUGGGAAUGGAUAAAGAGCUGGUCUGUUGUAUUUUCAGCUGCAUCUCGUGUAGUUACAAUUGAGGGCCAAAUUUGCUUUCAAAAACAUUUAGCAGGAUUUUUACAUGAAACAAAUAACAUCAAGAAUGGGAGUUUGACAGCAGUUCAGGCUAUUACUAUCAUAAAUCAAAUGGAUUUUACUAUGACCCAAAGCAAGUGGGUGACAAAGGAUGAAGCAUAUGCCUCCCCUCACUUUACAUCUAAUGGCGGGCACGAUGGAUCAACUGUGAAGAAGUCCUUAUCAACAUCACAGUUAAAGUCAGAUGAAAACAAGUCAAAUAAAUUUCAAAAUGGAUCUUCACCUGGGCCAGUAGUUACAACUUCUUUGAAUCCCAAAAGAAAUGCGAAAGCUGCUCCUUCUUCUCUUGCGGUCGGAAAGAGAAAACGACCUGAUGAAAAGUCCAAGGUUAUCUCCGAAGAAGAAAAAGCAGCUCUGAAGGCAAGAGAGGCUGCAAGGAAAAGAGUGCAGGAGAGGGAGAAACCCUUGCUCGGUCUUUACAGCAAGCCUUACUAA